UCCUUGUUUUAGUUAGGGUUUAACAGCGCCCUCGUCUUCCCUUCUUCUUGUUAGGGGUUUUUUUCGCUAAACCCUGAACCCGUCGAUUAAGCGAUUCAGUAUUGUUCGCCUCGGAAAUUGAGUUCUUCACAUCUGUUAUUGUUAUAGAGGCAGUUUUUUUUUAUCGUCAUUUGGAUAAACGACAUUGGAAUAACCAUGGUUAUAGCAGAAGAAAAAGAAGUGGAUGCUGAGGUGCAGAGCUUCGAAGAAUUGGGGCUGGAUGCGCGCCUCAUCCGUGCCCUUACUAAGAAAUCAAUCGAAAAGCCAACACCAAUUCAGACCGUGGCCAUCCCUCUUAUACUCGAAGGCAAAGAUGUGGUAGCCCGGGCGAAAACUGGUUCCGGGAAAACUUUAGCUUACUUGCUUCCGCUACUUCAGAAGCUUUUCGUUGAUUCAACUUCGAAAAAGAACAGUGCCCCAACUGCGUUUAUUCUUGUUCCUACUCGAGAAUUAUGCCAGCAGGUUUUCUCUGAAGUGACGUCGCUAAUUGAAUUAUGCAGAGUGCAGUUAAGAGUUGCUCAGCUGACGAGUGCAAUGUCUGAUUCUGAUUUGAAAACAUCUUUGGCUGGGCUUCCCGACAUUCUUGUAUCUACUCCAGCUUGCGUACAAACAUGCCUGAAGAAAGGCAUUCUUCAAGCUAAAGCACUUCAAGAAUCGCUUUCAGUUCUUGUCCUAGACGAGGCAGAUCUACUCUUGUCAUUUGGAUAUGAGGGAGAUCUAAAAGCACUGACAACACAUAUUCCGAAGCGUUGCCAAUGCCUUCUUAUAUCAGCUACUUCAAGUGCUGAUGUUGAAAAGCUGAAAAAGCUUAUGUUGCAUAAUCCUUACAUUCUAACAUUACCUGAGGUGGGAAAUGUAAAGGAUGAUAUCAUCCCCAAAAAUGUUCAACAAUUUUAUAUUUCAUCAAGUGCCGGAGACAAGCUUGUACAUAUACUUGCCCUUUUGAAGCUGGAGCUCAUUCAAAAGAAAGUGCUGAUUUUUGCUAAUUCAACUGACACGAGUUUUAGGUUAAGGCUGUUUCUCGAGCAGUUUGGAAUCAAAUCUGCUGUUUUAAAUUCCGAACUCCCUCAAAACUCACGUCUACAUAUUCUCGAGCAAUUCAAUGCUGGGCUUUUUGAUUAUCUUAUCGCGACGGAUGAAAGUAAAUCAGAAGAAGAGCAGAAUCCAAAACAAAGUCAUGCUGCUACAAAAAAAUCUAAGAAGAAAUACAAACAGAAGUUUGAUGCAGAAUUUGGUGUAGUAAGAGGGAUAGACUUCAAAAAUGUGCACACGGUAGUGAACUUUGAUAUGCCUAAAACUGCAGCUGGUUAUGUGCAUCGCAUUGGACGUACUGGAAGGGCAUACAACACUGGUGCAUCAGUCUCUCUAGUUUCUCCUGAGGAGAUGGAAAUUUUUGAAGAGAUCAAAUCUGUUUUGGGUGAAAACGACAGUGAGGAUUCAAAAUUUAUUGCUCCAUUCCCUCUGCUUACAAAGAAUGCUGUGGAGUCCUUACGGUAUAGAGCUGAGGAUGUUGCAAGAAGUGUAACAAAAAUUGCAGUGAGGGAAUCACGAGCACAAGAUCUAAGGAAUGAAAUCCUCAAUUCUGAAAAGUUAAAAGCUCAUUUUCAAGAUAACCCGAGGGAUUUAGACCUGUUGAAACAUGACAAAGUACUUAGCAAGAAAGCCCCGGCUCCCCACCUACGUGAUGUGCCUGAGUACUUAUUGGACCCAACUACAAAGGAAGCUAGCAAGAUCGUAAAGCUAGCUAGAGCAGCCAUGGGAAAUCCCAACCGUAAACCCCAUAGAGGAUCUAGAGGGAAGUCCAAAAAAAGUCGGGAUCCUCUGAAAACAUUCUCUGCUGAGGGGCCAAAGCGGACACAAAAGGCUGGGAUGAAGAGGAAAGCUCAGGACAGAGAUGGCGAAUUUUCCAUUUCAUAAUAGUAAUAUAUAUGGAUGAUUAAUUUUUGUUUUUGGUAGAAGCUUACCUUCCUCAAAAGUGGGAAUUUGUCAUGUUGCAACGAUUGUAUUCUGUAUUUAGGUAAUUAUAUUGAUUUAAAUUACACUCUUCAA